AGCGGUGCUGAGGGGACAGUGCCCCACUGGAGCGGUGCUGAGGGGACAGUGCCCCACUGGAGCGGUGCUGAGAGGACAGUGCCUCACUGGAGCAGUGCUGAGGGGACAGUGCACACUGGAGCGGUGCUGAGGGGACAGUGCCCCACUGGAGCGGUGCUGAGGGGACAGUGCCCCACUGGAGCGGUGCUGAGGGGACAGUGCCCCACUGGAGCGGUGCUGAGAGGAGAGUGCCCCACGGGAGUGGUGCUGAGGAGACAGUGCUCCAUAGGAAAGGUGCUGCGGGGACACUGCCUGACUGGAGCGGUGCUGAGGGCAGGAGCACUCCCCAGGGACGGGAGCCGCCGGCAGCGGGUGCAGGGGCCUUUGGUGAUGUGAGAGCCCGAGUGUGGGCCCGGGGCGAGGGCUGGCGAUGAGUGACCUGUGCCCCUGAGCCUCCUUCUGUGCUGGGGAGUGUGGAAGUAGGAAAUAGCAGUUGCGGGCUUUCCUUAGUUCUCCGAGUUUAUUCAGUUUUCUGCUGUGAAAGGCUUUGCUUCUUGCACACCAGAUUUGUGAAUUCAGUGCUAAGCAAUUGCAAGUCGUGAAUUGUGGAAGAUUUCAGGCACAUUAGCUAUGUUACAUCUCUGCUGUGACUUGGGUUUACUUGAUCCAGUCCUAGUCCCACUGUAGUGGGAACAAGCUGGCAUGCCAGUAAUGCCUCAGUUACUGAUUGAUGGAACACCAAUAUAUGUUAACAUAUACUGUCUUGUUAUACAGCAUUAAAUCAAAAUGUCAUCAUCAUCAUCACAAUCAUCCUUGUCUUUACCUGUACAUGACUGUACUGCUUCUUCAUCGGACUUUGAUCUUCAGGAAAAGUUUAUUCCUCUUCACAUUGUUGAGGCGAGUUCAUUUUGUUCCUGUAGUAGGCGUGAUACGGCUCUGGACUUCCCAUGGCGUGGGCAGCAUCAUUUCUUUGAGCAGCCAGGUGAGAAGCUUUUCCAAAAUAGGAAAACAGGAAAGCCAUUGCUCCCUCCAAACUGGAAGAAGUCUGCUAUGAAGAACAGCAACACUGGAUUCUGGGUCUUGGCCUUCACCUUCACUGGAAUCAACAUACAGAAAGGACACCACCUGUCAAGAUCAGUACAGGAAGUACAAACUCACCUGCAGUGUCAGAUUAAAAGAAAAGAAGCAGAAAAUGAUGAAUUAAAAGUGAACAUACAGUCUCGGGAACCCAAUGGACCGCCCAGUGCCAGCCGGCACCAAGGGGAGCUGAUCACCGAAAACAGGCUUACUUUAGUAAGAUCCUGUAUGAAACUUCUUCAACUAGAGAACAAACUGUCAUUUUCACAGGAUAACUAUAGUGUAACUUCUAUGGGCAAUCUUUGCUUAGAAGAAGAGAUCUGUAGCAUUCAGAAGAAACAUGAAGAUCUUCAAAGGUAACUAGAAAAAAUUAGGAGAGAAAAUGAAAAACUUGCUCAUCAGCUCAGAAAAGAAGAUGAGAGUCUUCAGAGCAGUAAAUUGCAGCUUGAAGAGAAGAUGGCAGAAUAUAAUGCAUUAAUCACACAACUUGAAUCUGCUUUAGAAGAGAGGAGAAAAAUGAAAUUAUGCAAACAAUCAUACAAAGAACAAGCCUUUCAGACAGAACUGCUACUUCUUGAAGCUGAAGUGAGAAGGAGGCAAGAAGAAGAACUCCUCUGCUUAUUUCACCAUAAUGAAAAGCAUCAUGAAGUACAUUUGAAAGAGCUGGAGAACAGCCUACAGAAGUCAGAGAACAAGAACCAGAGCAUACAGAAUUAUGUGCAGUUUUUGAAGGAUGCAUAUAUAACAAUGUUUGACUGAAUUCUUGAUCUAUUUUAUAGCAAAGAAACUUGUCAAGAUUGGGCUCCCAGUCUUGUUACAGGCAUAGCCAUUGAGGGCUUACACUAUUUUGACAGAUUAAAUUCUGUAAUGGUAAUUCUUCCCUAGGAAAACAUCUGUUGUGGGCAGGAGAAGCAGGUCAGUCAUUACUGUAUAUCCUACUGGCUGGUGACACGUGGGGAAUGGAGCUGAUGUUCCUGAUAUAAACCAUCGUUAAACCAUAGCACAGCAGUGCAAAGGCCGAGUGCAUGACAGCAACAGCAUGCGUGUAUGUGUGGGGUAUGCACACAAAAUUGGUCUGUGAAUGUCCUGGGCUGUAAAAUCUUACCUGAGUCCUUUUAGCCCAUGGUAAAUGUAGGUGAUCACAGAUUAUCUUUCAAUUCAAUGAUAUCUAACCUAUUAUGACAGGCAAAAAUUGAGAACAUUAGGUUCCUUCCCUUUUUUCCCCCUGAAGUGUAGCACCAAUACAGUCCACACUGCUGCACUACAUGAGAGAGCUGCCACCACAAGGCUGUCCCAUCCAGCCAUUUUCCUACAUCUCAUUAUCCUCAGGAAUAUACUGUAGUAGUAUUUUAUAAAUAUUAAUAGGAAAUUUUUUUAGAUAUAGGCAUAGUUUAAGCUCUGAAUGUCCUGGUGAGACAUCUCCAGUGAGAUAUUUAAGUAUUUGUCUGAGUUCAAGAGCUGCUGUUCAGUAAGUUUGACUUGUGCCUCAGGUAAAACACAGAUAAAUCUUCAGCUGAUACAGGACUAAUACAGGAAACAAUUCUAGAUUUAGUUUCAGUUCUAAAUUCUAUUUAGUUUUGUAGAUAUAUGCUAUGAUAUAUUUUAAAAAAAUAGUACAUUCAAUUAAAUAUAUGUGAAUUACAAUGUGUACUUAAGUAACAUAUAUUUUUGACCAAAACCAUAAGUUUGUUUAUGCAUAGACAAUAGCCAUUCUGUUUCAUUGUUAGUUAUCUGCAAUGUGUUGAAUACAGAUGGGGUUUUUUGCAAAUGUUUAUCCAUCUUAACAAAUAUUGAUGUGUGCUAAUGAUCUGCAUGUGUGGUUUUCCAAAGCUCAUACUGAAAAACUCUACACUUUUCUUUGGGACAUGAUACAAAGACAUACAGUAACUUGAUUCCAGCCUAUGUUUUUACUAUCCAGGAAAUUAGAUUUUGGUUUUUUUUUUUCCUUUUUAGAUUGUUUUUGUUUCUUUUUAUGGUUCUCCUUUACCUUAGAAAUAGGGCUGAUUGUCACAAGGAUCAUUUGUUUUCACUCAGUUCCUUUUUGAU